AUGUCACCAUACAGGGUGGUUUAUGGGAAAGCCUGCCAUCUACCGGUUGAGGUAGAACACAAAGUAUACUGGGCGGUGAAGCUGUGCAAUAUGCAUUAUGACUUGGCUGGGGAACAGAGAAAGUUGCAACUGCAAGAGUUAGAGGAAUUGCGCCUUGAAGCUUAUAAGAACUCCAGAAUCUACAAGGAAAAGACUAAGCAUUACCAUGAUAAGAGAAUUUCAAGCAAGGAAUUCUGCACUAAUCAAAAGGUCCUUUUAUUCAAUUCCCGUUUGAAACUCAUGCCUGGGAAACUCAAGUCAAGGUGGAUUGGACCAUUCACAAUUACCAAGGUAUUUCCUAAUGGUGCAGUGGAAAUCAAAAGUUAUUCCACCAGCAAAAGUUUCACAGUGAAUGGACAUCGCCUGAAACAAUUUUUGGAGAAUUCAGUUUCAUUGAAGGAGGUUGAAGAGGUGGAUGUGUACUAUCCUAUCAUUUCCUUCAACCAAGGCCCCUGUCAUGACUAA